CAUCAUUGAAGUCACCAGAAUACGAGUAAACUAGGUGCUUCGUCUGCUUACAAGUUAUGAUGCUGUGCCUGAAAGCCAAGCCUUUCUGCUCUCCGUGUUCUCUCACUUUCUCGCUCUCCAAACACUUCCGUCGUCUCACUUCUCCUCCUUCGUUCAAACCCUAUUCUCAUUCCUCGCCGUCCACCGGAUCUUCCAUCAAGAUGUCCUCCUUCCAAACUGUCGAGCAUAUUGUUCUGUUCAAGGUCAAGGACGAUGCUGACCCGUCAAAGGUCAACGCCAUGGUCAGUGGACUCAGUGCUCUCGUCUCCCUCGACCAGGUCCGCCAUCUCAUGGUGGGGCCACUGCUGCGCAACCGAUCCUCCGCCCUCACUUUCACUCACAUGCUCCAUAGUCGCUACGACACCAAAGAUGACCUAAAUGCGUAUUCGGCGCAUCCCAGCCAUCUCAGCGUCGUCAGAGGAUCUGUGCUUCCCAUCUGCGAUGACAUCAUGGCCGUUGAUUGGGUCGCCCACGACCUGGAGGGCGAUCUUUCUCCGCCACCAGGCUCCGCAAUGAGAGUGAGCUUCUUGAAGCUCAAGGAAGAUUUGGGCGAUGAAAUUAAGAAUGAGGUUUUGGGGGUUAUUGGUGAAAUUAAAGAUAAAUUCGGGCAAAUUAGUCAGCUCAGCUACGGGGAAAAUUUCUCACCUGCGAGAGCUAAAGGGUUCUCGCUCGCGUCGCUUGCCGUUUUUAACGGACAGGCCGACUUGGAUGCCGUGGAUUCAAAUGAGGACUUGGUGAACCAUCAAAAGGAUAAGGUUAGGGAGCAUCUGGACAGUGUAGUUGUCGUUGAUUAUUUGGUGCCGUCACCACAAACUCGGCCUGCGAGCCUUUGAUGAGGUUAUGUUAUGUAAUGCCAUUUUACUUGGUCUAUGUUUAGACGUUUUUUAACUAAUUGAAUUGAAUAAGCCGUCAGUGUUCAAUUAUUGUGCUGUGUAGAACAGUGUGAACUGAAACUACAGCUUUCAAGUGUUGUCUUCACUUAGACCUUCAAAUUUCUACUUUUCUGGUUCCCUUUUCUCAAGUGUGUA